CUUCACGCAUACACGUAGAAGGGACACGCAAUGGUGGAGGGCCUCAAAAUGAAGGGGUCCUUGACUCCCCCGCGCGCUGACCAACCCUCACCCGAUUAUGUUUUCUCCAUUACUCUCCACACAAUAUAAAGAUGGAACAACAGAGCUUGCCAACCUCCGAAGACAGAGACAUCCCAUCUGGACUGCCAAGUAUCCCGGUGAUUUCCGUAGUACGUACAAACUUUCAGGGUCCUCGCUGUGACGUUUGUGACUGGAAUGGGGAUCCCCUACAAAUAUUUAGCGAAACAAACGACGGAAUCACAUUCAAGAGGCUUUUGGAGUCUAAUGAAGAGAACUGCGCCCGUUGUAAAAUAUUGAUCCUGGCCCUCAAGGUCCUCAGUAUUCGUUUUGCUGGGGCACCCCCAGGUCAAGACGCUUAUAUAAAGAUCUGGUCAAACGGCUGGGUUCGUUUUGGGAGGGUGGAUGGGGACUGGGCUGCGGUAGAAAUAUAUUUAGCCACUUUAACAGGACACAGUGAGAUUAAAUUUAAUCCUAGUGUUCCAAACCAGCAACCAUCACAUUGCGGUUCCUUAACAGACGGCUCCCUCACUUGGACGAAGAACCAAAUUGAGUCACAUCGAGAUUGCUGGGAGGCUCAUAAGUCUGGAUCCUUCGUUCCGACGCGACUCGUCAAUCUUAGCACCCCUGGCUUCGAUAAGGAUGUGUUCCUCGACGAGAACGUACCUAGUGGUUCGCGGUAUGUUGCACUAAGUUAUUGUUGGGGACAAUAUGAACCUCUAUGUCAAACGACACGUUCGACGGUUAACGAACGCAAGAAGCGUAUACCGUGGUCCACGUUGCCUAAAACUCUCCAGGAUGCGAUUGAAUUUACUCGUCGAUUAGGAAUCCAAUACUUCUGGGCUGAUUGUAUUUGUAUUCUACAAGGCGAUAAAGAAGAUUGGGAGCGAGAGGCUGGACGGAUGUUUUACGUCUAUAGGAAUUCUUAUGUGACUCUAGCAGCUAUGUGGGGGAAAGACGGCAACACUGGACUUUUCUCAACAUCAAUAUCAGAUGACUUCGAUCCGACAUUCAUUGCUGAACUACGACUGGAAAACCGACGUUGCCUCCUUUAUACACGACGAGCUCAUGAGAAGUAUUUCUCGAUGUACCGUCGCGCAGGUAAAGAGCAACCUCUAUUAACCCGAGCGUGGGCCUACCAAGAGCGUAUAAUAUCAACGAGGGUUGUAUACUUCGCUGGUUACGAGCUAGCUUUCGAAUGUUUCUGUGAUGCUAUUUGCGAAUGCGGCCAUCUCCAGCAUCAACCAACUAGAAACGAAAGCCAUAAGAGAGAUAUCUUCCAAAGUGUACUGAAACAUGCUAAUGAAUCAAUCAACAUUGAGCGGCAGAGCAAUGAAGUUAUUCAGAAUCAGCGGGGACCUUUGUCUCUCCAAGACUCGAAUGACAAGGAUAUUGACGUUUUAUGGAGAGACACGGUUGAACAAUAUUGUCAACUAGCAUUGAGCAACCCUGAUGAUAAACUUCCUGCCAUUGGGGCCAUAGCCGAGCAAUUUCAUGCAGUCCGUCAAGGGGAGAGCUAUUUGGCUGGCUUAUGGACCGGGUCGUUUCAUCGAGACCUCCUAUGGAGGGUUUCGUAUAACUACAACGCUAGUGCCCAACUCCCAAAACCAACAAAUAUGCCAUCAUGGUCUUGGGCCUCUGGAGAUUUUGGGUGGGUUUCAUAUCCUUACCUUAUUGAUAUGGAAACUACUUCUGAAGUCAUAGAGGCGACUUGUCAUUAUGUGAAUAACAAUCCAUAUGGAGUUCUGGAGCGAAGCAAUCUGGUGCUACGAGGCCGGCUGCUUUGUUGCUGGCUCUUUCAAUAUACACCUAAGCUCCGCGGUCCUAGAUAUUCAUUACGUCACUGGUACACGGGAAUAAAGAUUCUAUCGGGGGAUUCAAUCAUAUUAGACGUUCCUAAUUACGCGAGGUGGGCUUGCCCAAGGAUAGUAUAUUUACUUGAGAUCGCGGAGCAUGCAAGUCUCAAGGACACCCAGAAUCUUAGGUGUCAUGGGUGUUUAAUAUUACGCCGCGAAGGUUGGUGGGGACACACUUUUUCAAGACUGGGUACGGCAGACGUCGACCUGCCUAACACGAUCUUUAAGAUGUGUAGUGCGAUAAAGACGGUUAAUUUGAUCUGAUUCUAGCGGAAUGGAGUCUUGGAUGUAUAUACCCCUAAGUCAAAUAAUACAGGGUCUAAUAGCAACGUAGGGCUGCAAAUCUAGCGCCUUAGGUACCUGGUACGGUACCCAAGUAGCCUAGCCCCACUGCUCCAAACCGCUGGAAACGCUUAUUUUAAAGCCCAUAGCCGUAUCGAUAGGCAAUCCCGCCUUCUAAA